GUUCCGGUCCCUCCCCUCUGGUGAUGGAGACCCCAACCGCAGUCUAUGAAUACGUGUCCGAUCGGCUGGACUGGUGGCACGCCAACCUCUACUGCCGCCAGCGUUUCGCUCAGUUGCCCUCGGAGAGCUGGGAGGAUGAGCUGCCCCCUUCGGGGCAAAACCUCUCCCGACAGCUCCAAAGCGCCGUCUGGUUAGAGGACGAGGAACUCCUGCCGCGGAAGCCGAAGCUGAGGCGCGCCCACUCGCCUUCCAUCCUGAUAUUCGGGAACAAAACAGACACCAAGUUUGUGAAGGUCCUGGCUGACUUCCCAGCAAUGGCCGCCAUCAGCGCUUGUGCCCACGUUCAGUGGGACCCCACGGCCACUGAGGUCUCCACCGUCUUCUCCUACGCGGUGCCCGCCUUCACCAACGAAUUCCAGCUGCGUGGCAUCGUCGACAAGGACCAGUUCGUCAAGCUUGCGGUCAUCCUUCACGGCCACCACUCCCCUUACCUGCCCGUCUUCCGCACCGACCCACACUGGCACCACGUCUGCAUCACCUGGAAGCAACCCAAUGGCACUUGGGUCCUCUACGCCGACGGGAAGAAGAAGGCCUCGGCUUCUGGGCUGGCAGCUUCUCGAGCCAUCGAUGGCCACGGGACGUUCAUCAUCGGUCAAGACCAGGAUUCCCUGGGGGGCGCUUUCAAGGAGAAAGAAUCCUUCAGUGGGAAUCUCACUGACCUACAAGUUUGGGGGAGGUUCCUCAGCCAGGAGCAGGUGGAGAAAGUCCGCUCCUGCGUGCCCAUCCGGGAAAGCCUCAUCUUUGACUGGAG